CCAGCUUGCCAGCAUGUCAGUUGUUCCUUGAUGGUCAGACAGUCCAAGUUUGCGGCUUCCGUUCCUUGCUUCAACUGAGUCUCGAAGGUGGAAAUUGUUGGCUGGAGGGAAGUGAAUUGCUCUAUCCACCCGCCGCUCAAGUCCAAUCCCACAGCACGCCUGAGCUACUCGGCUAAGACGGAAAUCGUGGUCAGACCAUCUUGAAAAUGUCCGCCCGCGCCCCGCCCCCGACUCAGGCCUCUGAGGUACGUCAGGCUUUCAUGGAUUUCUUCAAGCACAGCCACAAGCACACCUAUUGGCACUCGUCAUCCACCAUUCCCCUGGAUGACCCCACGUUGCUCUUCACCAAUGCUGGCAUGUGUCAAUUCAAGCCCAUCUUUGUGGGCUCCGUGGAUCCCAAUGUGGACAUGGCCAAAUUAAGCCGAGCUUGCAAUUCUCAAAAGUGCAUCCGUGCUGGUGGAAAGCAUAACGAUUUGGACGACGUGGGCAAAGAUGUCUACCAUCAUACAUUCUUCGAGAUGUUGGGAAAUUGGUCCUUUGGCGAUUACUUCAAGACCGAGAUUUGCACCUGGGCCUGGGAAUUCCUCACGGAGGUCUGCCAAUUGCCCAAAGAUCGCUUGUACGUAACCUAUUUCGGAGGCGAGGCUUCGGCCAAUCUGGAACCCGAUCUGGAGUGCAAGAACCUUUGGCUCAGUUUGGGCGUGCCCGAGUCCAAGAUCUUGCCUGGGAAUAUGAAGGACAACUUCUGGGAAAUGGGCGACACCGGACCGUGCGGACCGUGUUCUGAGAUCCACUAUGAUCGGAUCGGGGGCCGAGAUGCGGCUCAUUUGGUGAACAUGGAUGAUCCGGAUGUGCUCGAGAUCUGGAAUCUUGUGUUCAUGCAAUUCAAUCGGGAACAAGAUAAAUCACUCAAGUCCCUUCCCAGGAAGCAUAUCGAUUGUGGAAUGGGUUUCGAGCGGCUCGUGUCCGUCCUUCAAAACAAACGCUCCAACUAUGAUACCGAUAUAUUCGUCCCCAUCUUUGAGGCCAUUCAAAAAGCCACGGGGGUUCCUGCCUACCAAGGGAAAUUGGGGUCCGAGGACCCCGACAAACUGGACAUGGCCUACCGGGUGAUUGCCGAUCAUAUUCGAACUUUGACCAUUGCCUUGGCCGAUGGGGGUCGACCGGACAAUGUGGGUCGCGGAUACGUUCUGAGACGGAUUCUACGACGAGCCAUUCGAUUUGCCACCGAGAAACUGGACGCCAAACCGGGAUUCUUAUCGGGUUUGGUGGAUGAGGUCGUUCAAUUAUUGGGCGAUUCAUUCCCCGAGCUCAAGAAAGAUCCCCAGAGCACCAAAGACAUCAUCGACGAGGAGGAGAUUCAGUUUUUGAAGACCCUGAGUCGCGGUCGGAAGCUGCUCGAUCGCACCAUUGCCAAAUUGCCCGAGGGCACCAAGGUCUUGCCUGGGGACAUUGCUUGGCGAUUAUACGAUACCUAUGGUUUCCCAGUGGAUCUGACUGAACUCAUGUCCGAGGAAAGGGGUCUCAAAGUGGACUUGGAGGCCUAUGAAGUGGCCAAACAAGCCGCUCAAUUAGCCAGUCAAGGCAUCUCUGGCACUGUCGAGGACAAACUUGCCCUGGACGUGCAUGCCAUUACUGAACUAAAUGACAAGUCGGUCGAACCCACUGACGAUCUGCCCAAAUAUGCUUACCAUGCCGAGAGUGACGAUCCCAAGGCCAACUAUGUGUUCGAAGCCUGUCAAGGAAAGGUGGUUGCUUUGAGGAAGGACAAGAAGUUUGUGGACAUGGUCGAAAAUGAGGAAUGUGGAGUACUCUUGGACCGGACUUGCUUUUACGCCGAAUCCGGUGGACAAAUCUUCGAUGAAGGUUUCAUGGUCAAAGAGGGAGACGAGUCCGUGGAGUUCAAGGUGAAGAACGUCCAGGUUCGCGCUGGCUACGUCCUUCAUCAAGGUCACAUCGAAGGCCAGCUCAAAGUCGGAGAAGUGUUGAACCUACAAAUCGAUGCCAUUAGGCGAAAGAACGUGAUGAACAAUCACACGGGAACUCACAUCCUUAACUUUGCUCUGCUAGCCUCUUUGGAUUGCGAACCCGAGCAACGAGGCUCAUUGGUUGCCCCAGAUAAGUUGAGGUUCGACUUCACGGCCAAAAAGGCAUUGACCAUUGAGCAGGUCAAGAAGGUCGAGACCAAGGCCAACGAGAUGAUUGCCAGGAACGAGGAGGUCUUUGCCAAAGAGUCUCCUCUAGCCGUUGCCAAGGCCAUCCUGGGUCUUCGAGCCGUGUUUGACGAGACCUAUCCCGAUCCCGUACGUGUAGUUAGCGUGGGAGUCCCUGUGGAAACCAUGGAAGCGGAUCCCUCCAGUCCUGCCGGGUGCAAGACCUCGGUCGAGUUCUGUGGAGGCACUCAUCUGAAGCGAUCCGGACACACGGGACACUUCAUCGUGGCCUCGGAAGAAGCCAUCGCCAAAGGCAUCCGACGGAUCAUUGCCCUCACCGGACCCGAAGCUGUGAAGGCCAUCCAAAAGGCUCAAUUACUCCAAAGCCAAAUGGAGUCGGUCAAGGCGACCAUCCAAGAUGCCAAAAGCUCGCUCAGCCAAAAGGAGAUGGUCAAGUUGAUCACCGAUCUGACGGAGGAUAUCAACUCAGCUACGAUCCCGUAUUUGCGCAAAUAUGAGAUGAGAAACGAACUCAAGACCGUCAAACAGACCAUUGACGACAAGGAUCGUGCUCGGAAGGCGGCUUUGAUGACGGUAGUGGUCGACUUUUCGAAAGCUCUUCUCACCUUGAACCCUCAUCUACCGUAUCUGGUUUAUGAGCUCAAUGCCUGCGCUCAAAACAAGGUCUUGGAUGGGGCCUUGAAGCAGGUGAAAGCCAUCACGCCCAACAUGCCGGCCAUGUUCUUUUCGGCCGACCCAGACGACGGUAAGAUCCUCUGUAUGGCCCAAGUGCCGAAAGAGGUGAUUGCCAAAGGUCUCAAGGCCAAUGAGUGGUGCCAACAAGUGCAGAGCCUGAUCGACGGUAAAGGAGGUGGGAAGCCUGAAAACGCCCAAGCCAGUGGAUCUAACGUAAGCGGCCUGAAAGAAGCCAUGAAGGCCGCCGAAACCUAUGCCCAAAGCAAAUUGGGCGUGUCCCCACCCGAAAUCAAGCUUCCCGGAAGUGGAGACACAAUGGCACACAAACUCAAAACUCGUGAUGACGAUCCACUGAGGAACGAAACCCAGGAAGAGUCGUCGCCCAUCCGUCUCAAGUGUAUCGACAGUACUCCUUCCUUAGCCAUUAUCGAGGUAGUAUGUCAAUACAUGAAUAUCCCGCUCCAAAAAUUACCGUCCACCAACGGCGAACCGCUUCAACUCGAGAUCGCGCCCAGUUCCAUUCUGACUCAUUCGAUUCCAAUUGCGCUCUUCUUAUGCAGCAAUUCCAAACUCGGAGAUGGGUAUCUGCCCAAUGAUCCAAGUUUGAUCCUCCAAUGGAUGAAUUUUGCCCGGGACACGGUCCAUAAUACAAUGUGCUCAAUCUGUUCCACCUCGACGGAGCAGCAGCAGCAACAGCAACAGCAACAACAACAGCAACAACAACGACAACAACAGGAUCAGCCGCCUCGUUCCACGUGUUCCACGGCAACAAGUUUGGCCGUGGAUCUGAUGGAGACCAUGAAUGGUGUUCUGAGAGAUUCCACGUAUCUAGUUGGCGAACGGCUCUCUUUGGCGGAUGUGUUCAUGGCCAUUGAAUUUCUACCAUUGUGCCAAAAUGCUGGAUCGGAAUGUAGUCGAGAGCGAUUUCCCAAUCUCCUACGAUGGCUCAAUACGUGUAUCCAUCGGAAGGAAUUCGUUCGAGUUCUGGGAAACAUUCCUCGAUUGUCUUGAAUUGAAUAUGUAAAGGAUGGAAUCAAAUCAACCGUCGACGACGAUGAUGUUGUUGAAUAAGAUAAUAAAUGGAGAAAAGUAUCAGGCGAGUCUUCC